AAUACAUGAGCUGUACCGUGUUGGAGGAAGCCUUUGGGCGUCGCAUGCUUGAUGGCACGGCUGAGUGGUCUGAUGUACCCGAGGUCAUUCGCUCGUCCUUCUACGUCUUGCAUAAGUCAUGGCGCGGUUACGACAAGCGGUUAUCCCGAUGUGAGAAGUCAUUAGCCGCAUGUCUUGACCGCCAGGCGCGCAUCGAAUUGGAGCAGGUCCAACAAAGUCGGCGCGACGCAUUGUGCAUGCCAUUAGCGCGCGGAACGCCGAGCGAGAACGAAUUGAGAGAAUUGCAGCAGAAAAUGUCAGCACUGAAAGACGAACUCGCGUGCAAGCUGGACAAAGUUGGCUUUCUCACGACUAUGGACGGAGCCAUGCGCGUCACCCACGACGAGCACACCAAGCACAUCACAGAGAAGCUACAAGCUCACUCUUCUCGCUUUGAGACGACACUACUGAAGAUGAAGACCGUAUUAUCUAGGAAGCUCGUGGCGGUGGAAGAGCACUCUCGUGAGGCACAGGCGUCAGCUGCCCAGCAUAUCCAAGACCAAUGUCGUAGUUUGCAAGAUCUUCAGCAACACGUAUCCAUCCUAGAUAUUUCUCGUGACAACCUGCAAGCCGCGGACAAGUCGAAAAUGGACAGAUUAAGCGAUAUUGAGUCGUGUAUCAUGACGCUGUACCGGGGAUUCCUUGGUCCUGGCCCUGACUCUGCAGCAGCGUCGCACUCCGUGAAAACCCUAGCAUCAACCGUUCCUGCAACUCUGCUCCAAGACAUUUUGCUCCAACGAAACCGUGAGAUUCUCGAUUCAAGCGUGAAACAACUCACUCAAACGACUACCAAGAUGUUUCAAGAACUCCGAGAGCAGCUUUGCGCCGUGCAAAUGAAUCUCCGUGAGGUCGAAUCCACAGUAUCCACAUCAAGCUCAGUACCAACAGCACUCCCCGUGUCGAACGCGUUGGUCAAGUCCAGUGAACCUCCAAAACAGCAAACACAUGGAAACCCCGUCGAAGUGCAGUUUGAGUUGCUGCAAGAGCAAGCGGUGAAGCUGUCAGUCCAGCUGAAGGAGCUCCAAACCAUCGCAAGGAGCAACAACAGCCACAGUCCGGCGAUGCCGACCCCUUCACCUACAAGAACAGUGCUGUCUGGCUCCUCGUCCUGUGGUUGUGAGAGCCAAGUCCAUGUCAACGAAAAGGUGUUGGCAGACCAUGUCAAUCACAAUCAGGACUACGCCACGACGCCGCCGGCUGUUCCUUCCAUGCUAGACACCAAGAAACUCGACUUGCGGCACAAGCGAGAGCUUUCCAAGGCUCGCUUUGACGAAGUUGCCCUUCGUCAAAAGGAACGGUUGCGAGGACGCCAGCCCCCGCCAGGCCGCAAACUCGACUAAACAAUCGCUUGUUUCUGCUGCCUAUCGUAAUAAAGCUCAAGAUCGACGAACUGUUAGUGGAGCACGAAGUAUACAGGGUAGGGCUAACAAAUAGAACCACCAAAAUCCGAAGUCGGACG